UGGAGAGGGACCGGAGGGAACGCGGCGCCAGCAGCAUCUCACCUACCCUCCUUGACACCUCCUCCCCGCGGUUCCAGCGAGACCCUAGAAGUCAGACUUGCAGCUCAACAGGAGGACUCCCAGCUUUCCCUUUCCAAGAGGUCCCCAGUCCCCGGCCGCCCUCUUCCAGCCCCUACGGCCAGCGCCGGGAGGCACCAAGGCUCUGAGGCUGCCGCACGGUGCAGCGCCGAGCAUCCUCGCCGAGGCCCUUUCCGCCCGCUCCAUCACGCCAGCCGGCCCUCUUUGCCUCCCCUUCCCAGAAUCGUUAAGCCCCCAGAUCCCACCAGUCCCUCGUACCAACCUCGCCUCACCCCGUCCCCUCCCACGCCCCAGUGCCCCCCGCUGCCAUGAGCUCCCCCAUCAGAAAGAGCCGCUCGCUCGCCUCCUUCCUGCAGCGGCAGCGAAGUCCGAGGCAGCCCCCGAGACCCGUGACCUCCGCGGCGUGCACACCCCCUCGGCCACGAGAGGUGCCGGUCUGCCCGCUGACAGCUGGUGGCGAAACCCAGGACGCCGCCGCCCUGCCGGGCCCCACCAACUGGCCACUGCUGGGCAGCCUGCUGCAGAUUCUCUGGAAAGGGGGGCUCAAGAAACAGCACGACACCCUGGCGGAGUACCACAAGAAGUACGGCAAGAUUUUCCGCAUGAAGCUGGGUUCCUUUGAGUCGGUGCACCUGGGCUCGCCGUGCCUGCUGGAAGCUCUGUACCGCACCGAGAGCGCGCACCCGCAGCGGCUGGAGAUCAAACCAUGGAAGGCCUAUCGCGACUACCGCAAAGAAGGCUACGGGCUGCUGAUUCUGGAAGGUGAAGACUGGCAGCGGGUCCGGAGCGCCUUUCAAAAGAAGCUAAUGAAACCAGUGGAAGUGAUGAAGCUGGACGACAAAAUCAACGAGGUCUUGGCUGAUUUUAUGGGCAGAAUAGAUGAGCUCUGUGAUGAAAAAGGCCACAUUGAAGACUUGUACGGUGAACUGAACAAAUGGUCACUUGAAAGUAUCUGCCUCGUGUUGUAUGAGAAGAGAUUUGGGCUUCUCCAGAAGAAUACGGGGGAUGAAGCUGUGAACUUCAUCAUGGCCAUCAAAACAAUGAUGAGCACGUUUGGGAGAAUGAUGGUCACUCCAGUCGAGCUGCACAAGAGCCUCAACACCAAGGUCUGGCAGGACCACACACUGGCCUGGGACACCAUUUUCAAAUCAGUCAAAUCUUGUAUCGACAACCAGUUAGAGAAGUAUUCUCAGCAGCCUAGUGCAGAUCUCCUUUGUGACAUUUAUCACCAGAAUCAGCUUUCGAAGAAAGAAUUGUAUGCUGCUGUCACAGAGCUCCAGCUGGCUGCGGUGGAAACGACAGCAAACAGCCUAAUGUGGAUUCUCUACAAUUUAUCCCGUAAUCCCCAAGUGCAACAAAAGCUUCUUAAAGAAAUUCAAAGAGUAUUACCUGAGAAUCAGGUGCCACGGGCAGAAGCUCUGAGGAAUAUGCCGUAUUUAAAAGCCUGUCUCAAAGAAUCUAUGAGGCUUACCCCGACUGUACCAUUUACAACUCGGACUCUUGACAAGGCAACAGUUCUGGGCGAAUAUGCUUUACCCAAAGGAACAGUGCUGAUGCUGAAUACCCAGGUGUUGGGAUCCAGUGAAGACAAUUUUGAAGAUUCAAGUCAGUUUAGACCCGAACGUUGGCUUCAGGAGAAGGAAAAAAUCAGUCCUUUUGCUCAUCUCCCAUUUGGCAUUGGAAAAAGAAUGUGCAUUGGUCGCCGAUUAGCUGAGCUUCAACUGCACCUGGCUCUUUGUUGGAUUGUCCGCAAAUACGACAUCCUGGCCACAGACAACGAGCCUGUUGAGAUGCUCCACUUAGGCACGCUGGUGCCCAGCCGGGAGCUCCCCAUCGUGUUCUGCCAGCGAUAAGAUGCCCCAGAUGGUGGUAUUUGCUAAGAUCACAUCCAACUCAGGGAAGCAGACUGAGGGCUGAGAUCCAAGGCAUUCUACAGGGUUCACUGCUGGUUUACCCUUCACAGCACCAUCUUCAGGUGCUUACAAUGACCUGGGAGCCUGUUCUCUCUUGCAUCUUCCAUGACAUGAAAGGGAGGCUGGCACCUGUCAGUCACAUAGAGUUACUAACCGUUUCAGCCCCUGCCUACCACAUUCACUGUUGGAAUCUUUAAUAAGUUUACAUUUGACAGUGAAAGAUGUACAACAGUUCAAUUUUCUGGGGCUGGGAGUAACACUGACAAUCCAUUUACUGUAGCUCUAUUUAAUGUACUACUUAGGGAAAUACCCGCUUGAUAAUGUAAGCCAAGCUAAAUGAUGGUUAAAGUUACCAGGCCUCCCAUGAAGUUAUAUUCUUCCUGCAUUGCAAUAAAAAUAUUAUUGGGAAAUUAGAGGACACCUCUAUUUUUAAAAGGACUUUAAUGAAGUCAAACAUCUUGUAAGACGAGUGACUUACUGUGGCAUUACUUUGUUAAAGGACCUUAAAAUUAUUUUCUUAAUGUAGUUCCUUUAUGACAUUGAAGUAUGGAUGAAGCAAUAGUUGUCAAAUUGAGUUUGUGCAUAUGAAGCACAGACAUGCGUGUGUGUGUAUCUGUGUAUCUGGGUGUGCCUGUGUGUAUGUGUGUUCUACUAGCAAUUUGCCUCAGUCAUUUUUUUUUAACAUUUGCAGUACUUGAUUUAGGAUCUGUGGUGCAGAGCAAUGUUUCAAAGUUUAGUCACAGCUUAAAAAUAUUCAGUGUGAUUUUAAUAUUAUAAAACGAGUUCCCAUGCCUUAAUUUUUCUGUCUAUUCAAUGGGACAAUUGUAAAGCAUGCAAAAGCUAGAGAUUUGUUAUAUAUUUGUUUUGUAAUUUGAACUCCUAGGAAAAAUAUGAUUUCAAAAAUGUAAAAUGCAUAGAAAUGCAUGCAAUAUUUAUGACUUAAAAAUUGGGUUUACAGAUGGUUUAUUUGUGCAUAUUUUUACUACUGCUUUUCCUAAAUGUAUACUAUAUAUAAUUCUGUAUAUUUGAUAAAGAUUCCCCUUCCUAGGUUAUAUUUUUAGACUAUUUCAGAAAUAUACACUUAUGUCUUUAUAUUUUAAUAAAUAUGUACAUAUCUAGGUAUAUGCUUUCUCUCUGCUGUGAAAUUUUUAGAAUUAUAGAUUUACAUGUCUUGUCAGAUUUCAUCUGUAUACCUUCAAAUUCUCUGAAAGAAUAAAAGUUUUUAAAACAUUUGA